AUGCCGACUACAGCUUCUCCGAAUCACCCACUGCGUCGCCGGUCCCUUGUCUGCUACGUUUUCCUCGUCAUACUAACCCUAAUCUUCAUCCUUGCUGUAGGUUUUCUCAUUACAUGGCUUGUAACCAAACCCAAAAAGCUUAAGUACAGUCUCCAAAAUGCCUCAGUCCAGAAUUUUCAUCUCACGGACGACAACCACAUGUCCGCUACGUUCAAACUAACCAUCCAGUCUCAUAACCCUAACCACAGAAUAUCGGUCUACUACAACUCCGUCGAGAUAUACGUGAAGUUCAAGGACCAGACGCUUGCGUUCGACACGAUGGAGCCGUUUCACCAACCGCGGAUGAACGUAAUGCAAAUUGAUGACACUUUGGUUGCACAGAACGUCGCCGUUUCUAAAUCCAAUGGUAAGGAUUUAAGGGAUCAACAUUCCUUGGGGAAGAUCGAGCUUGAAGUGUAUGUUAGGGCGAAGGUUAGGUUUAAAGUUGCGGUAUGGAAAUCAUCACAUCGAACGGCUCAUAUUAAGUGUUCUCAUGCCACGGUCUAUUUGUCGCAGCCAAACCAAUCGCUUAAUAGUUCAUGUGAAGCUGAUAUUUGAUUUGCAAGUUUGUAUUGUCACAUUAAUAAUUUUCUUGUAAUCGUUGAUAUUCAUUUCCCUCCCAUUGUGUAUGACUUUUAUCGCAAUGGCUUACUUCAAACACGAAUAAGAUCUAAAUUGUUAUAAGGG